UCAGAGAGCAUGAGAGUGAAAAAUGUGGAGUCGAUGGACAGAUCAUGAUAAUAAAUAUUACAUUUCACUGUCUGAAUUGAAAGACUAGUUCUUCAUACGACACAAGAUACAUGAUAACUUGCAAAAACAAGGUGCAUUCUGCAGGUGGUACAAAAAGGGUAGUUGUUAUUUCAUGUGGUCUUUAGAUUGCACACUUAGUUUAAAUCAAGGCAACGUGUCUUCAUCACUCCGAUGCAGAUCGAUGGACUCCUUCGACAAUGUAGUAGAUAGUUGGUUUUGGAGGUUGGCCGGGGUUUUAUCUUCCUCCUCCGCCUCCGCCGCCUGAGCCGCUUCCGACGCCCACCCCUUUGCCGGCACCGACACCGACACCGGCCCCUACUCCAACUCCAAUCCCGACCCCGAUCCCGACUCCAAACCCUCCACCUCCGCCGAUGCCAUGGCCACCUCCAAGUCCACCACCGGCACCUCCCCCGCCUCCAGCACCACCACCUAAACCUCCUCCAGUUCCACCUCCCACUCCUCCGCCUGCACCGAAGCCCCCGCCGUGGCCCGAUCCUCCACCUAAACCGCCGCCGCCACCUCCUCCGGCUCCUCCUCCACCUCCAACACCUCCGCCAGCACCACCUCCUACGCCGCCGCCAGCACCAAAUCCACCCCCAUGUCCUGCUCCUCCACCGACGCCGCCGCCGCCUCCUCCACCAGCACCUCCUCCAACGCCUCCUGCACCGCCACCUACACCUCUUCCAGCACCAAAGCCUCCUCCAUGGCCUGAACCACCACCAACACCUCCACCUCCACCAGAACCGCCUCCUCCACCACCCCCAGCUCCAAUUGCGCCUCCAGCUCCACCGCCUACACCACCCCCAGCCCCGAAACCUCCACCAUGACCAGACCCACCACCAACACCACCUCCACCUCCACCUCCACCACCAGCUCCGCCACCACCUCCGACACCACCACCAGCACCUCCUCCAGCUCCGCCACCAACACCGCCCCCAGCUCCAAAGCCACCUCCUUUUCCAGUGCCACCUCCAGCACCUCCGCCUCCACCACCACCAAAACCCCCGCCACCACCUACACCACCUCCCGCACCACCUCCCGCACCACCUCCAACGCCACCCCCAGCUCCAAAGCCUCCACCCUUCCCAGCUCCACCUCCAGCUCCUCCACCUUCACCGCCACCAAAACCACCGCCACCACCUAUACCACCCCCUGCACCACCUCCAACGCCACCCCCAGCUCCGCCUCCAAAGCCUCCACCCUUACCAGCUCCUCCUCCAACUCCACCUCCCGCACCUCCUCCUCCACCAAAUCCACCGCCUCCUCCAGCCCCACCCCCUGGCCCACCACCGAAUCUGCCGCCACAGCGUCUCCGUCCCCAACGACAGUCAUCAUCGUCCCCGAACCUGGUCUUGUCGACCUUGUUGUCACUGAGAGCAAGUGCACUCAAAUGGAGCACAAUGCAUGAAACGAGAAGAACCAUGGAGAGCCAUUUUCUGGAAACCCUCAUGGCUUCAGACACCAAAAGAGAGACUGUGUGUGUAAGUGAGAGAGAGAGAAUCAGUAGCUGACUAAGCUUGCUAUUGUUGGGUCAUCCACGCUCGUAUUUAUAUAGGUUUCAUCCACCGGCUAGCCCUAGCAAUUUGU